UGCUCAGUCCUGUCCGGCCAGUCCCGCCUUGCGCGCCCGUUUCGAGCCGGAGUUUCAAGCUCGGCUUUCCAGGCUCUGAGUGGGUCCUCGGGCAGUGGCAAUGGGGGCAGGAAUGGCUCAGCUAGAGGGUUACUAUUUCUCAGCUGCCUUGAGCUGUACCUUUUUAGUGUCAUGCCUACUCUUCUCUGCCUUCAGCCGGGCGCUGCGAGAGCCCUACAUGGACGAGAUCUUCCACUUGCCGCAGGCGCAGCGCUACUGUGAGGGCCAUUUCUCCCUCUCGCAGUGGGAUCCCAUGAUUACUACAUUACCUGGCUUAUACCUGGUGUCUGUUGGAGUGGUCAAACCUGCCAGUUGGAUUUUUGGAUGGUCUGAACAUAUUGUCUGCUCCAUUGGAAUGCUCAGAUUUGUUAAUCUUCUCUUCAGUGUUGGCAACUUCUAUUUACUAUAUUUGCUUUUCCGAAAGCUACAACCCAGAAACAAGGCUGCCUCAAGUAUCCAGAGAAUCUUAUCAACGUUAACACUAGCAGUGUUUCCAAUACUGUAUUUUUUUAACUUCCUUUAUUAUACAGAAGCAGGAUCCAUGUUUUUUACUCUUUUUGCCUAUUUGAUGUGUCUUUAUGGAAAUCAUAAAACUUCCGCCUUGCUUGGGUUUUGUGGCUUCAUGUUUCGUCAAACAAAUAUCAUCUGGGCUGUCUUCUGCGCAGGACAUGUCAUUGCACAGAAAUUAACUGAAGCCUGGAAAACUGAGCUACAAAAGAAGAAGGAAGAGCGGCUUCCCCCUAUCAAAGGACCAUUUUCAGAAUUCAGGAAAAUUCUUCAGUUUCUUUUGGUGUAUUCCAUGUCCUUUAAGAACUUGAGUAUGCUUUUCCUUCUAACUUGGCCCUAUAUCCUUCUGGGGUUUGCAUUUUGUGCUUUUGUAGCAGUUAAUGGUGGAAUUGUUAUUGGUGAUCGGAGUAGUCAUGAAGCCUGUUUUCAUUUUCCUCAACUGUUCUAUUUUUUCUCUUUUACCCUCUUUUUUUCUUUUCCUCAUCUACUAUCUCCUACUAAAAUUAAGGCUUUUCUUUACUUAGUUUGGAAACGUAGAAUUCAGUUUUGUUUGAUUACCUUAGCCUCCAUAUUUUUAGUUUGGAAAUUCACUUAUGUUCAUAAAUACUUGCUAGCAGACAAUAGACAUUAUACUUUCUAUGUGUGGAAAAGAGUUUUUCAAAGAUAUGAAAUUAUGAAAUAUUUGUUAGUUCCAGUCUAUGUAUUUGCUGGUUGGAGUAUAGCUGACUCAUUGAAAUCAAAAUCAGUUUUCUGGAAUUUAAUGUUUUUCAUAUGCUUGUUCACUUCUACAGUUCCUCAAAAACUGCUAGAAUUUCGUUACUUUAUUUUACCAUAUGUUAUUUAUAGGCUUAACAUACCUCUACCGCCCACAUCCAGACUUGUUUGUGAACUGGGUUGCUAUGUAAUUGUUAAUUUCCUAACUUUUUAUAUUUUUCUGAGUAAGACUUUUCAGUGGCCAAAUAGUCAGGACAUUCAAAGGUUUAUGUGGUAAAAUCAGAGAUAUUUUGACCUUUAAAAGUAGAUGUAAUAUAUAGACUGUCUCCACAAUGAUAAUUGAUAUGUGGGAAUUAUAGAAUUUGUUUUAGGCAUAAUGGUAAUCCUCAGAUCACAUCAGUUUUUUUCUUAUUACAUACUUUUUUUUUAUUACAUACAUACAUUGUAUGCAACAAAUAUAAGGAAGUUAAGUAUAAACAACUGAAAAGCUUAAGACCUGCUUCAGAAGCCAAUAAUGGAAAGAUAAAAUUGUUUACAAUUAUCUCUUUGAUACUGCCAGCACUCAAAAGCUUGGAAACUUUUUGUACAUACAAGCUUAAGAAAACUGGGUAUGCUUCACAGCAGUGGAACUAAUUUAUAAUUCUUUUCAGAAAUUAUUUGAAAAAUAUUUACAAAUGAUCAGUCAAUAUUCCUGAUUGAAAAGUUGUUUACUCUUUCAAUAAUUAUAAUUUUAAUUAUAAAUUAGAAUAGAUUUAUGGAUAGCAAUUUAAAAGAGAAGGUCAUGGUAAUCCAGGAUUCAGUGUAUUAUUUUUUAUUUAAAAUCUAGAAAUUAUGAAGCUUUUUCACUAAUUCCUAAUAUGAAAUGUAUAAAGGCCAAAGAUAAAUUGUGUUGAUUAUAAUACCUUUUAAAGAGACUUUUUUUCUGAAAUACAUUGUUGUAUUAGUUUCCUAGGACUACUGUAACAAAUGACCACAAACUUAGUGGUUUACUUUUUUUCCCCACAUUUAGAAAGACCUGUAUCUGAACUCAAAAUGUCAGCAGGGUCAGUUCCUUCUGGAGGUGCUGAGGAAUUAUCCAUUCCAUGCCUCUCUCCUGACAAGAAGAUAAUAUCUCACAAGAUUUUUAGGAGAUAAUAUAUGUGCUCAGAUCUUAUAAAUAAAAUUUUGUCCUGAGAGGUUAAAAAAAAAGUGACUUCUGAGAUAUAAAUGUAAAUCAAAUUGUUAUUUGAUUCCCUUAUCUCCCCCCCCCAAAAAAAAAUAGAACUGAAAGUUAUGAAAUCAUUUGAUGUACCUAUUUUGUAAAUUAGGUAACACCUGCUGGGUAAUAUUUUGUGAGUGUGUUAGUGUUUGCAUUCUCUGUUUACUAUUUUUCAUUCAUUCCUUGGGUUGUCAUUUUACUACAGGUAAGCAUUUGGGCAUGUUAAUUUUGACAUGGAAAGCUGAAACUGUGUAUAGAAGUCAUCUCUCAACCAAAUUUUAACAUUUUUAAAUAUUUUUUAAAAAUAGCCGUAAGUGUGGACAAAUUACUUUCUCCUCAGUGUUGAAUAAAGCUUUUUCCUGUUUAAAAUAAUUAGAAUAUUUAGAAAACAUCUCAACUUGCAAAUAUGAAAAUGAGUGCAGGUAAAAAUAACAACAAAAGUCUUGAGAAAAAAAUACAGAGCAUUCUUUUAUUGUACCUCUAUUCAGUACUUAGAAAGUAGAAUGACUCAAUUAUAACAGUGAUUGUAUGAAAAUAUAUUUUACCCAGAUUUUUUUUGGCAGGCUGAAUAUUGAGUUUAGGGAUGAUAGGCAAGCAGUAUACCACUGAGCUAUGUCUCCAGCCCUUUUAAUUUUAAGAGUCCUGCUAAUUUUGCACAGGCUAGCCUUGAACUUGUAGUCCUCCUCUAUCAGCCUUCCAAGUAACUGGGAUUACAGGUGUAUGCACCACACCCAGCCAGAAUAUUUUUAGUCAGAUAAGAAAGCAUAAUCAAAGAAAUUAUGCUUUCAUGAAUUUAUUAUAAUAGAGAACUAAAUCCAGGAAACCAAAGUUGGAAAAAAAAAAAGAGUGUAAUUUAGGAAAUUCAGCUUUGUUGUCUGAUAGUGCAAGGCUUGUGUUUAGGAACAUUUCUGAGAGGAAAAACUUUCCACUCAAAUCUGGUCUGGGGACCAUUUCACCCCAUUUAAUUGAAGAAGACUGGAGAGAUCACCAUUCCAAUUAAUUUUUAAGUGUUGAGUCACUUAUGUGUUAAAUUUGGAGAAAUUUUACAUUGAGAAGGAAACACAUUAAUCUUCCUCGUUUUCUAUAACAUAAAAUACAGUACUUGGUAUUUUAGAAAAGAAUAUUGUGAAUUAAAAGGAGCUGCUUAUUUUUUUCUAAUUAUUUUAAAACAGGAUGUCUAUCAGUAUUCUUGAGUUAAAGAUAAACGUUUUGGUUUAAAUUUUCUUGGACCCUUAGAAGAUGGUUAUUUACUAUUGAAUUUUCCACAGAGUGAAAUAGAUUAAAUAAAUAUGUGAAAGAUACACAAGCUCAAUUUAACAGAUCACCAAACUCAUCCCUGUGAAGUCUUUCCACCUGAAAAGAUUGAGAAGUCCAGUCAUUCCUAAAACGAUCCUUGCUUUUACAAACAUUCUAAAUUAUGUUUGUGUUUUGAACUUUUUAAAGGAUUAUCAAAUACUACUUUUGUAGUGGAUUUAAAAAAUGAGAAUUUUUUUGAAUUUCAUAAUUAAAAAGUGAUUAUGAAAAACACAUACUUCCUUACUAGAUAACCUUACAAUCAUUGUUAGUAGUCUGUGAGUAGGAUUAUUUUAAAGAGUAUCAUGAAAAGUUCUAGUCCAUUGUUUUCAACUUCAGAAUAAUUUUGAUCAAGUUCUACCUUAUGUGAAAUUCUAGUAUGGAAUAUUAUCUUUAGAUAGUAUUAGUUAGGUUUUAGUGUACUGUGUGUUUACUACCACAUGUGUCAUGUGUUUUCUCUUAAUGGAUACCCAGAAAUUUUUUAUAACUGUAUCUGUGUGUUUAAAUUAUUUGGAAAUACAGUGUUCCUUACUUUAAAAUAGCAUAUUCUCCUAGCAAGAGAAAUUAUUUUUGCUCUCUGGGCCAUGUUUCCUUAGAUUCAUUUCUGGAAUAUGCUUAGUCUGUCAUAAAAUUCCACAAUGUAAAUAACUUAAUGUAAUUUAUUUCUAAUAAUUAAAUAAUAUGUUAUUUCCAGUUUGAACUAAAUUGCUGUGCAGUUUGACAUUAUUUUCUUCAUAAUCAAAGAGAAAAGGGAUUCAAAAAUUUUAUUUAUGCACUUAAAUAGUGGACAGUUGUAACCAGUUUUCAAUAAAUUAUGUAUUCAGAUAAAAAAAUUCAUGGUGGUGCAUGCUCGUAAUCCAAUAACUGGAGAGACUGAGACAGGAAUAUCUCAAGUUCAAAGCCAGCCUCAGCCACUUAGUGAGACCAUCUCAAAAUAAAAAAUAAAAAUUGGCUGGGGCUGUUGCUCACUGGUAAAGUGCAUCUGGGUUUAAUCCCCAGUACCAAAAACAAAGAAAAAGAAAGAAAUUACUAUAUAUUAGGUAGAGAGCAUUAUUAUCUUAAAACAAUUAGAAUCACAUUAAAUAGUAAAACCAGAUUGUAAUGUAAAGAUGAAAAAAAACUUUUAAAUGGAAAUUUAAAUAUAAAUUAGGAGCCAUGGACUUAUAGGAAGAAUGUUUAACAUGGGAGUUAUGGGAAUUAGUGUUUGCUUAUGACUCUAUAAUCAAUAAGGCAAGAUGUUUGGUUCUCAUUUCAAAUGAGGAUAAUUGUCCUAAUUAAGGUGUGUCUGGUAUGGGCCUAAUUUCGAAAAGGAUUUAUCCCCUGCCAUUCAUAAAAAUCAUAAACAUAUCAUAUGAUAAAUAUUAGCUAAAUGUACACUGAACAUUUUAGUAUAGAAUGAAGCAAAUAGCACAGAAAAACUAUAAUGUAUAAUCACAAUUAAUUUGAGGAAAUAAAUUGCAUUUCAUGACAAAAGCAUUCCAGACCCAUUUUCUGCCUAAUUUUUUGGUCUACUGCUAAGUGUUUGCUGUGUUGUUUAGUGCUUAAACAUGUAUCUACUUGUAAAUAUGUUAUAUGUUGUCUUUAUAUCAGGAUAUGAUAUCAAGGUUAUUGCUGUUUAAAAUACAAGCAGUUCAAUCAUUAUUAUAAUUUUGAUGGUUUGUAAGACUUUAAAGGGAAAAGAAAUUUCAACCAGUUACAAAUAUUUUAUGUUAUUUCAGGUUCUAUUUUACUAUUCUAGGAAUAACUUAUCUUUCAUUUAGAGUGCUUUACAUAUUUAAAUGUUGAUGACACAUUUCCAAUAUAGUAAAACAAGUUGAAAAAUUAUAAUAAAGUGAAUAGGUUGUGAAAAAAUUUUUCAACACAUUUAUAAAUUCAACACAAAAUUCUUUUAAGAUUUGAUUAUUAUUUCUAGGGUGAGAAAUUUUGUCACAGUAAAGUAAUCCAAUAAUGUCUUCAUAUUAUGCUUUUUAAAAGAUGAGCUUUUGAUGAAUUUAAUAAUUUCAUUCAGAGUUUCAUUUCAUUCAUAGCACAGUUAAUCACCAGCAAGCCAAAAGAAAUGUCUUUUUACAACAAGAACAAUAUUAAAACAUUAUACUGUUUCUGCAUACUGGAGUGUGAUCAGUUCAUUGAGCAAUGUAUGUGUGCUUAUGGCACAUACAAGAUGAGGAAAAAGGGAAAGAAAUUGCCAUCUUUUGAGUACCUGUAAUAUUGGCUGAUUUACCAAUAUUGUCCCAUUUGAUCCUACUCAUAUGUCUGUGCAGUAGAUACUGAAUUUUGCUGGAUUGUUGAAGAAGUUAAAGGUCAAAUAUAUCUGGUGACUUGCCACAAGACCACUCUUGUCUGUAAAUCAACAUAGAUGAUCUGAUUCACAAACUGAGGUUUUGACUGCUAUUUUGUGAAUGUUUUUCAUUAAGUAGGCUGAGUGCUUGCCUUGCAUGUGUGUGUCACCGUGUUCGAUUCUCAGCACCACACAUAAACAAAUGAAUAAAAUAAAAGUCCAUCAACAACCAAAUAUAUAUAUAUAUAUAUAUAUAUAUAUAUAUAUAUAUAUAUAUAUAUAUAUGAAGUAGGAUAUGGAGAGUGGAGAUAGUCUUUACUGUGCACAAGCCAGGCCAUUCAUGGCACAUUAUUUUUUUGUGUGUUGGAUUGUAAUCAUUCUUAAAAAUGUUAGAAACUGUUUAAAGAAGUAUGAACAAAUGAUGAGGAUUAAUAAUUUUGUUGUAAGAUAAAUGAAAGAAUGGGAUGAUUAACUUGGAAUAACAGAUUCUGUAACUUAAGCUCUUACAAUAUUUGAAGAACAAUUAUUUGAGUGAAUUGAAAUUAUUCUGUUAUGUAAAGUGUAAAUGUAGGGCCAAUAGUUACAUUUCAGUUAAUGAAAAACAAAUUUUCUAAUUGCUUAGUCUCUACAAGGGACUGGACCCCCUGAAAAAAAUGUUUCCUAUUGACUGGUGGUAAAAUUUCUAUUUAUCAGAUUUAGGAAAAUCAGAUAGCAUGUAGAUAGAGUAAAAUAUAUUUAAAGAUGUCUUACAACCUUGUAAAUUCAUAAGUCUGUUACAACUAAUAUUUUUGCAUUAAUUGGUAAGUCAUAGUCAGAUAUUUCUGGUGAUUUGCAUGCUGUCUUUGGUAUUUUAAAUUUCUGAACAAAACUACUUUUAACUGUUAACCCUGUUUUAGAAACAAAUUUUAGAUGCCCAAUCUUCUAAAAGAUAUUAUAGUUAGAAUAUUUCGGUGAGCUUGUAGUAUUUAUUUUACAUAUGUUUUAAUUCCUCUUGUAUCAAUGGAAAUAGUAUAUUUCUACUUAAAAAGGUUUAUCCCCUAGUGAAAAAUAGGGCAAGUGCUAUGUAUAAUAAAAGUGUUUAGUUCAGUGUUCACUAGGUGGUGAUAUUGUGCUGUAUAUUCAAGUGUUCUUGUAAUUAAACUUUUGUUAUUCUGAAUUAAGCUUUUUAUAGUUUUGUAUUGUUUUGAACCACAAAGAUAUAUAUUAUCCAUGCCUAUUUAUUAUGCUGUUAUUGAAAGUGUUUCCUGAGUUGUAUGAAGCCAAGGUAAAUGUAAAAAAAAAAUUAAAAUGUUGCACUUUUUGAUUUUUUAAUCAUAUAUUAGAUUCUUUUACGUAAUCUGACUUUCCAUAUGACAUUGUUUACUUCAUAAAGCAUCUUCAUCUGAGGACCUUUCCCCAUAAACAAGUAGUGAUAGGACAGAUUUGAAAACUGAUAUAAUAUUGUAUUGGCCACUGUUUUUAGUGCUUUAAAACUGAUUUUAUCUCAUUUAAUAUUCAUAAUAAUCCUGUGGGAUAGAAUGGUUGUUAAUACAUGAGGAAACUUAGCAGAGAAAGGUUGUUUGCCCAACAUUAUAGAAUAAUUGACAGGUAGGAUUCAUGACGAGACAACCUGACCAGAAUCAAUGUUAAUAACUACUCAAUUUGGGAGAGAAGGGCACAAAGGCAUUUACCUUCAAAUUUGUGGCAUCUUUCAAGUUUUCAUGGAGAACCUACUUUUCUAUACCAGAAAAUGAGGCUAACACUAAUUUGGAGGUUUUCCAGAGGCUGACAGUCUUCCAUCUGCCAUGGUAUCUUCCAUUUUUGUUUUUGUCAUAAUGCCUCAAGUUGGUAUGAGUGUAUACAUAUGAAUUUAAUGGCAAAAAGGAAAAAAAUCAGGGCUGAAGUAUUCAGUCAUAUGAAUUUACAUUGAAAUAAAACCUUUCUUACAAAUCAAGGAGGAGCACAGUUAUUUAACAAUUAGUAUUUAGUUUCUCAGAAAACUCUUAAUUUGGAAGCAAGUUCUUGGUUAAACAUGAUAAGCUUUGGGUUUUUAAAAAUUCUUUCUGGAAGAACUUCAUCUUUUAGCUUAAACAAUAUGUGAAUAUCUGAUCUUGGGGCUGGGGAUGUGGCUCAAGCGGUGGCGCACUCGCCUGGCAUGAGUGCGGCCCGGGUUCGAUCCUCAGCUCCACAUACAAACAAAGAUGUUGUGUCUGCUGAAAACUAAAAAUAAAUAAAUUCUCUCUCUCUCUCUCUCUCUCUCUCUCUCUCUCUCUCUCUCUCUCUCUCUCU